AUGUCUGAAUUCACAAACUAUGAUCCUAUGCAAGGAAUCAACCAGUUUCAGAAGGAAAAUCCGAUGAAUGCUGGUUCUCCAUAUCCUGGUAAUUAUCAAAAUCAAAGCUUUCAGCAAUAUCCAGGUUAUCCUCAACAGCCAAAUCAACAAUAUCCUCAACAAAGGGGUGAUCCCAUGAUGGGAAUGAAUCCCCAAGGUAAUUAUGGUAUGCCAUUCGAAUUUACUCGAAGAAUAAAUAAAAUGAAUUGGGAGAUGAUCGGAAAUGUUGACGUUUUAACAAUUGCUCGUACAAAUGACAUUCAGUCGAUUGAAUUUCUAAUGGGUCCAGUAGCUUUUGCCAACAUCGGUCAAGAUGAUGGUGAAAAUUUUGGAAGUCGAGCAGGAUUACAUGCAUUUUUAAUACUUCAACUGGCAGUUGAAUACUUACUCUUCAAAAUUAGAACAAUGCCGCCACCACAACCAAUGAUGCCACCUCCUCAACAACAGCCUCAAAUUUCUCCUCAAUCACAAGUUACAUAUGAAGCACGAAUUGAUAUUUUGACGAAAGAUAUAAAAUCGAGAGAUUUAAUUAUUAAUUCACUAUCAGAUAAAUUACGAGAAGCAGAAAAAACAAUAAAUUCUCUUAAAGCAAAACUAUCAUCUGCUAAAGAGUCACAAAAAUCGCAAAAAAAGCAAGAUCCAUCAUUAUCUCAAAUAUCUAUCAAAUCAAUUGACUUCCCAGAGGCAUCAUCCGUUAGCAAUAAAAAAUCUAAGCGAAAUCUUACUAAAGAAAUAUCUGCAAUAGAUCCAGACGAGUCAGGUUUGGUUCAUCCUGAUACUGAAUAUGUAGAUUAUAAUCAGAAUAAGAUGAAAAUCAAAUCAAAACCAGAAUCUAAAAGGAAAGGAUCAAGUAAAUCUAGAAAGAAGCAUGAUAUUGAUUAUGAUUAUUCAGAAUCAGAAAUUAUCGCUCCUACCAAACCUAAAAAGAAGAAAGAGAAGAAACCUGCUAAAAAUGGAAUGUUUGAUGCUGAGUGGGGUGACUCUUCAGGCUGGAAUUAA